AUGGCUGCCCCAUCGAUAUUACCGUUAUUUGCCCCACAAGUUGGGGUUCAGCGGGAAUUCCAAGGCAGCGAAACGCAAAUAUCCACGGUCAAUGUCCCAUGCACAGGCCUAAGUAACACGUCUCUUGCCAAUUGGCUACAAGCGGAGCACAGAAAUCAAUUGGAACUUCUUCAGGCUGCAUGGUCAAUCUCGCUUCGGUCUUAUACUGGCUCCAACGACGUCUUGUUUAGCUGCCUGGAUUCGAAAGAAAGGUGCUACUGCCAUGUUUCACCCUCAGAGUCAGUGCGAAGCCUCUUCAAUAUACGCCGCGUGGAGUUGCACGAGGGAAAUAGCACAGCUGGUCUGGGAGCCAACUCUGUCGUCUAUGUUGAUGAAGAAAAUAAAGACAAAAGUGACAGUACGAGACUUGAUGACCUCAGAGAAUUCGAUCUCGCGGUCUAUUUCUCGCAAGGGACAGAGACGAAUUGCCCUGUCGUUGGGAUUCACCACAAACCAUCAGUUAUAUCAACUGAAUUGGCUACAAUGAUUGCAGCAACAGUGGCAAAGGCCAUCGAGGAAGUCGUUUGCCACGUUGAUUGUCUGAUUGAGGCCCUCGAUAUAUGUAGUGAUGCAGACAUCAACUGUAUUUCUCACUGGAACAGGACAUCAGACGAUGGAAUACCUUUUGCACAGUGCAUACAUCACAUCAUCUCCCAAAAGUGUGCGACGCAGCAAGAAUCCAUUGCUGUGUCAGCUUGGGAUGGAGAACUUACCUAUGCAGAGUUGGACAGCCUGUCCUCAGCUCUGGCAAUACGGCUUCAACACCUGGGGGUUCGGCCAGAAGUCUUCGUCCCUCUUAUUUUUGACAAAUCCAAAUGGGCAGUCAUCGCCCUGUUAGGUGUCCUGAAAGCUGGCGGCGCUUAUUUCUUUCUCAAUCCUUCCAAUCCAAUACAAUAUAACCUCGGCUUAUGCUCAUCUCUGUCUCCAGGGAUUGCGCUAUGCUCACCAAGGCAUAGCACACUUGCCAAAUCCCUCGCUGGCAAGGUCGCCCCAGUCGGAGGAGAGCCGUGUGGACUUCUGGAGUCAUUACCUGUCAAUAAAAAGAACCCACUAUGCACAGCGGAAACAGGCCCAUCAAACGCCAUGUAUAUCACUUUCACUUCUGGAACCACUGGUAUGUCGAAAGGCAUAACCACUGAACAUUCUGCCUUUUACUCAAUGGCCAUGGCCAAUGGUAAAGCGCUUCAAGUCAGCCCUACGACGAGGAUGUUACAGUUCGCAUCGUACACAUUCGAUGUGAGCAAUCGCGAUAUGCUUAUUACACUCAUGUUUGGCGGAUGCAUCUGCAUCCCUUCCGAGCUAGAUCGUCUCAAUGACCUCUCUGGAUUCAUAAAUCGCCACUCUGUCAAUUUAGCGAGCUUGACGCCGUCUUUGGCAAGUACUCUGACUCCUGCUUUAUGUCCGAGCAUUCAAGGAUUGGUUCUAGGAGGAGAGCCUAUGAAUGAUAGCCAUAUUUCUGCGUGGGCCAAACACGUGCGGCUUUUCAAUGCCUAUGGGGUGAGCGAAAGCGCCGGAAUAGCAGCUUUGGCAUCUGAUAUCCAAGCAGGCUGCUCCCCAGGCAACAUAGGCUUUGGGUCUGGAUCGACUUUAUGGGUCGUCGCCAGUGACCAACCCGACAAACUGGCACCCAUUGGCGCCCUGGGAGAAUUGGUCAUUGAGGGUCCAUCUGUUGCACGUGGCUAUUUAGGCGACAAAACGCGAACUGAGAAGCAGUUCACGACAACGCCAAAGUGGAAGAAUAGGAUUCGCGAGCAAUUUGGCGAGAGUUAUCCGUCGAAGCGGGCAUUCCACACAGGCGAUUUGGUGCGUUACAAUCUUGACGGUUCUCUGAAUUUCGUGGGAAGAAAAGAUCAUCAAGUGAAAAUCAACGGGCAGCGACUUGAAUUGACGGCAAUUGAACGUCACAUAGCAGCAUGCGUCGAAGUCGCCAAGUCCGGCUUCCUUCAUAUUGCCGUCGUGACCGUCAAGAAUGAGGCAAAUGGCUCCAUUAAGCUUCUCGCCUUUCUGGGGGUUGAUACGUCUAGAGGAUCGGAUACUCCGUCUCAAUUGGUGUCAAAGAAGUUGAAUGAUGUGGAAGCCCUGAAAGCAGCUCUCAAACGAUACCUUCUGCAUUGCUUGCCGACAUUCAUGGUUCCAGUAGAUUUCGUAUUUCUGCAAAACAUGCCACUCACAACAUCAGGCAAAAUCAAUCGGCUCCUUCUACAGGAAGCGGCCGCACAUGCGCUUCUUGAUGACCAGAAGAGGAAUAUUGAUGCACCUGAUUCAAAUGGCAACCAGAUGGCAACCACGCCACAACAGAGAGUUCUGAUCCAAUCUUGGGCCAAGGCUCUGGGUAUUGAAGAUGCAAGCAUCACGUGCGACGACUGCUUCUUUCGGCGUGGUGGUGAUUCCAUUGCAGCAAUCAAAAUGGCAGGCAGCCUUCGUCAGCAAGGUUUUAUCAUAUCGGUGUCUGAUAUCUUCAAUUUUUCCACCUUGUCGGACAUGGCGUCAGUGCUAGUAGAAGACCACAAGCCUUUGUCAGAAGCAGCGCCUGCCUCUUUUUCAUUGAUAGGCAACUCCCAGACCCUUCUCGACGCGAUUGUGGAGGAACUUGGUACAGGCAUUGGCCAGAUCGAGGACGUGUACCCAUGCACUCACAUGCAGCGAGGGUUAAUAGCCCUGACAGCUCAACACCCGCAUGCAUAUAUUGGCAGCUACAUCUGGCAGUUGGCCGAAAUGCUUGACGUGGAGAAAUUUAAGGAUGCAUGGAAGGGAGCUUGGCUCCACAAUCCGAUUCUUCGAACCAGAAUUGUGCAAAUACCAGAUGGUGUCUUUCAGGUCGUCAUGAAGACUGAUAUGCCGUGGAAAACCGUCACUGAUAUCACUGGUCGUGGAGAUGGGAAAGAAUUGAGAGCAAUUGACAUCAAUCACGGCCCACUUAUCCAGUUUUAUUUCAGCAAAGAAGCUUUCCGGCUGGAUAUUCAUCAUUCUUUGUUUGAUGAAUGGUCCCUUGGCCUCAUAAUGGGACAAGUUGAGCGCGCAUACCUCGGGGGAGAACUUCAUACUCAGCCAUUCAGUCCAUUCGUUCACCACCUUCUCCAUGAACGUGACACUACUGUGGAGGACUUUUGGCGUCGGGAAUUCUCUGGCCUCCAGGCGGAGCAUUUCCCAGCUGUUACGUCCAGGCCACUCAACAUUGGACAUUCGACCGAGAAGGUAGUCCUUGAACAUGACCUGCAACUAGGGACCGGAUUCUCCACCAAGUAUACGCUCUCGUCCAUAGUACGGCUUGCGUGGGCGAUUGUCCUGUGGCGCCAAACGGGGAGUGAAGACGUGGUGUUUGGAGCCACUGUCAGCGGCCGCAAUGCGAACAUUGUCGGAAUCGACCAACUGAGCGGACCGACCUUGGCGACACUGCCUGUACGCAUCAAACUCCCGACGAUCCAAACUGUCCACGAGGGUCUCUCGCAGGUUCAAGGCCAAUUUGUCAAUAUGAUGGUCCAUGAACAGACUGGGUUGUCACGCAUUCGACAAGUCGGGAGAGAGGCUGCUGAGGCAUGUAACUUCCAGAAUCUACUCGUCGUGCAACCAUAUGAGCAGCAAACAAAGUCUCUUGUGUUUAAAACAUCAGCCAACUCAACCUCUUCUGAAAAUGCAAAGUCUUUUGCCAGCUACCCGAUGGUGCUGAUAUGCCGUCCAGAAAAGAGUGGAAUCUCAAUGAAAGCAGCAUUUGACCCUGCUAUUCUGGCACCCGCCGCUGGGCAUAGUAUCCUGAAACAGAUGUCGCAUGUUAUCCAGCAGCUUGUGACGUCUGACUCAACACGUAUCGCAGAUGUUAGCCUGGUACCUCCCGAGGAUAUGGCUAUGUUGAGACAAUGGAAUCAUUUGCUCCCGAACGCUGUGAACACUUGCAUCCAUGAUCGCAUUCAAGAAUUAUGCAUUGCCCAACCUGAUGCACUUGCUAUUCACUCCAAAAAUUUGGACUUGACAUAUGGGCAGCUUGAUAAUUAUUCCAAUCAAUUCGCACAGCGUUUGAUCAGCAUCGGGGUCAAGAAGGGUGCGUUUGUACCUCUCUUCUUAGAGAGGUCACCAUGGGUUCCAGUUAUCAUGCUAGCAGUUCUGAAGACUGGCGCUGCCUUUGUGCUACUGGACCUUUCACACCCUAUUCAGAGAUUGCGAACAAUGUGUUCUAUGAUUGAUGCCAGAAUCGUGGUAACUUUCAAGGAGCAUACCGACAUGAGUGGCAACCUUCUACUUCCUGUGAUCGUCUUCGACCCCGAGGCCCAUGUACAGAACCUUGGUAAACAGGCCACAGCGUCCGAGCUCAAGCCACUGACUGAAGUUGCUGCCCCGGACGCCCCUGCGUGCGUUGUCUUUAGCUCAGGCUCGACCGGACUGCCUAAAGGCAUUGUGCUUCCACAUAUUGCUCUCACCACAAGUGCAGCUGUCAUGCGCAAUUAUGGAAUGCUUGGCCCUAGCAGCCGCGUCUUCCAUUUCGCCUCCUUCGCGUUUGACAUAAGCAUCGGUGAGAUUCUGUUUACCCUUGCGGCAGGAGCAUGUGUCUGUGUUCCCCAUGAGGAAGAACGAAAGGGGAAUCCGGCGAAAUCAGCAGAUGAUCUCCAAGUAACCUGGGCACUUCUCACCCCCUCAGUAAUUAAUCUGUUCGAACCAUCAGACGUCCCCACUCUGGAAGUCCUGGGGACAGCUGGUGAACCUCUUACUCCACACAUAGUCGACACAUGGGCUCACAGGGUGAAACUAUUCGGCAUGUACGCACCGGCAGAAUGUACCGUGAUCUCUCACAUCGGGCGAAUUUUGCCCGACACUCACCAUUCCAACAUUGGUCUAAGCCAUGGAGGUGUUUCUUGGGUAGCUGAUCCGUCGGAUCACAAUCGGCUGGUCCCUAUCGGCACAGUCGGUGAAUUGAUCGUCGAAGGCCCUACAGUUUCGUCUGGGUAUCUCAACGAUCCGGAGAAGACAAACGAAGUCUUCAUUACCAGUCCGCCUUGGCUGGACGAAGUCCGUUCCCACUCCGGAAGGAUGUACAAAACGGGAGACCUCGUUAGACAGACUACUGACGGCUCACUUGAGUUUGUCGGAAGGAAGGAUGAUCAGGUAAAGCUGCACGGGCAGAGAGUUGAAGUGGGAGAAGUCGAACAUUGCAUAAACUCUUCAUGCACAGCCAUCAGAACCGCUGCUGUUGAGUGUAUCAAAAUUCGGGAACAAAACAAUCGAGUCUCGCUGGUCGCAUUUAUCAGUCCACAAGCAGAUGAAGACUGGGGGCAGUCCUUGAAUGACCAGUCAUCGGAGGUGGGUCGCUUCGAAUCGAUUAGUUUUCCCAGCGAUCAGUUUUACUCGACGAUCGAAUCAAUGGAAACAUCCCUAAGAGAGCUACUUCCGGCAUACAUGGUCCCGUCCUUCUUCGUGCCGCUUGCAGAUGUUCCUCUCAGCUUGUCAGGCAAGGUCAAUCGGCGUCUACUCCGGGAUCAAUUCAACAGCUGGCCGCUAAAGACACUUGAACUAUACCAAUUGAGACGGAGGGUUGUCCCCAUAGAAGAAGUCCCCCUCACUGUGCAUGGCCGGGAAGUUCAAGAAAUCGUUGGUCAAGCUCUCAAUCUGGAUCCCAAAUCAAUCCCCAUGAACAGCAACUUCUUUGCCCUCGGGGGAGAUUCGAUUUCGGCUAUGCAGGUCUCCAUGCUUGCAAGACGCAGAGGAAUGCGCUUGACCGUAGCGGAUAUCUUCACGCAACAAACUCUCUCAAGAGUAGCGUUGAAGUGCACUACAGAUAAUGGAGAUACCAGCCUGGUCUCUAAGAGUCGGUCUCUCUGUCGCGAGCUAUCUGGAUCAACCAUGAAACCAUCACAUCGUUGCGAAGUCGCUCGUAACAAACUCCCUGGUCACCUACCGCAAGAGAUUGUCGAUAACAUUGUGGAAGCCCUGCCCGCCACCGAAUUCCAAACGAUGACACUCCACAACUUCUACAGCCGAUAUCUCUGGAUCUCACUACCUGACGAAGUCAAUCAAGAGCAUCUACUGAACGCAUGCGACCAACUUGUUCAGAAACACUCCGUCUUGCGCACUGUGUUCUACACAAGCGAUGACAAGUCGGUUGUACAACUGACCUUGCGCAAGAUCCCCAUCAGCUUCGUUCAUUAUUCAAAUAUCGAAAAUCUGGAAAGACAUUGCGCAGAUGAUUCUCUUGCCAUGGGGGUACCUAUCGAUGGCGUGCCAGGAUUCCAGGUACAGCUCGUGACCUUGAGAGACUCAGGAAUGUAUCUCAUUCUGCGAUUACCCCAUGCACUAUUCGAUGGAGUUUCGCUUGAUGUCAUUUGCAAUGAUCUCAGUGCUGCAUACAGCGGAAAUUUGCUUCCACCUUGUGCUCAAUUUUCGGACCAUAUUCGACAUGUGUGGGACAAAAGGACACCCGAAACGUACAAUGUAUGGAGAGGAGUAUUGGGAGAGGCCCCAAUGACCAGCUUGAACAACAAAUACUUGCGCAAUUGGGGCAGUGCCGGUGAAAUGGGGAACCCAAACAUGGGCACGAAUUUGGAAGAGCCAACAGUGGUGACAGCAAUAGCGGAGACUUUGCCAAUCUCCCCUCCGCCCAAUAUCACAUUGGCGACAUUAGUCAAACUGGCAUGGGCAAUCACUCUCUCUCUAUUGUUUACCUCAACCGAAGAAGAGGAUGGAGGCUCGAACGAUGUUGUUUUUGGCCAGGUCAUACAUGGCCGAGGACUUGGAAUCUCCCACGAGGACCGCAUUGUCGGUCCAUGCCUCAACAUCAUCCCGGUGCGAGUACGCUUGCCUCCGCGAUCGAAUAAACUCGACCUCCUUGGUCAGGUUCAGAAGCAGCACAUUCAAACCAUGUCUGUUGAGAAUCUUGAACUUGGCGAGAUCGCCCAGAACUGCACAUCUUGGAAGGCUGGAACAAGAUUCGGCAGCUUUAUCAGGUUCCAAAACUUCGCCAACAACGACUCGACUUGUUCUUUUGAUGGAUCUGCCCGUGAAACAGGCCUGUACAGCCUUCCGAACCGACCAUCUAACACGGCCAACGUGCUUGUUGUCCCUCAUGGGCCCACACUCACCAUCACCAUGACGAUUUCCAAUCAAGUAUUGGAUAGAGGGUCUGCAGAUUAUGUCGCUGGAUACUUCAGUGACGUGAUUGGAAGCCUGGCAAAUGAAGAGACAGUCUGCGAAUACCUUGUGUAA